AUGCCCCACCUUGAUGUCCCAGGAGCACAGCUCUACUACGAGACCAUCGGCAGCGGCCCAUUGCUGUUGUUGAUCCCCGGUGGUAACGGCUCAUGCGAUCUAUGGCGCAUGCUAGCCGAGCAUCUCAAGUCUCACUUCACCGUCGCCCUAUACGACCGCCGUGGGUUUUCACGAAGUAACCUGAUCGGCGCCCAGGACUAUGAGCAUCGCCUCGGGACCGACGCCGACGAUGCGAGCCGCCUGAUCAAGCAUCUGUCGAGCGACGGAACGGCCACUGUGCUGGGCAACAGCUCUGGUGCCAUCGUGUCCCUCGAACUGCUCAGCAGCCAUCCAGAUGUGCUUCGUACUGUGAUCACGCACGAGCCACCGGCUGUGAAGUUCCUGCCCGACUGCGACGAGUUGUGGAAGGUUCAGAAUGACAUAUACAACACCUACCGCAAAUCUGGUGUGGCUCCAGCCAUAGAGAAGUUUGCCGACAUGGUCAAAGCGGGUGCUGAGAGGCCAGCGCUAACUCAGGGCUUCACUUCGACGACACCCGAUGUCAAGUUCAAUACUAUGUAUUGGUUCGAACGGGAGUUUUUGCAGUAUCCCUUUCGAGAAUUCGACACCAAAGUUCUGGAGAAGAAAAAGCACCUGCUACUGCUAGCCAAUGGUCGUGACUCGAACAACGAGGCGCUGCAUUUUCGGGCGAACGUGGCAAUCGGGGAGAGGCUCGGGCUGAAGGUUGCCCUGCUGCCGGGCAUGCAUGUAAGCUUUGCAACGAAUCCCAGGGCAUGGGCUCGGGACUUGAUGCAAGCAUUGAAGGAGAAAGAUGAGUUUUAUGCAAAGCUCUGA